AUGCCCAGCUUAACUUGCCUCUCUGCUGUCAUCGACAUAAUUCUCAUUUGCCCCUUUCUUUGGCCGGUCGGCUCCCUGUGUCGGCAGAUGCGCGCUCCACGACAGGAUUCUGCCGGUGUGAUCGAGGGCGGUGAGCCCGUCGGACCACUGAUUUUCCUGCAGGGAACGGAGCACACCCACUUAGUGGACGGGUACCUCCCGCCGCCUUCCAAGAAGUUGCAGCCAGGACUCAGGAGACGCUCACGCCACUUGGAUCCGCCGUCGUUUUGCUCCGUCGUUCCCUCAUCGCGUUUUAUCCCCGGCGGACCCUCCCGACUCCUUCCAUCGACAAUCCGACUUCUUUGCGCGACUGGUUGCUCAGAUUUACAAACCGACACUCCAGACAAUCCUGGAGGAGACUACCAUCGCGGUCGACGCCAGCAGUUAUAUCCGUCUCCGACAAUGUCUGGGAAAAGCCUGCCCACGUUCACGGAGGCCGAAGUCCGGGCACACAACUCGGCCAAGUCUUGCUAUGUCAUCCUGGGUUCCAAGGUGUAUGAUGUUACCGGGUUUCUCGACGACCAUCCGGGAGGCGCGGACCUGAUUCUCGAGCACGCCGGCAAGGACGUGGAGGAGAUCAUGCGCGAUGCGGCCUCUCAUCAACAUUCCGACGCCGCUUAUGAGAUCCUCGAGGAAUGCCAUGUUGGUUUUGUCACGUCAGAGGAGGGAUCGAAAACUACUGCGAACGGUGGUGCCAAGGAGUCUGGGAAGUCCCGGCCAGUAUAUGAGAGCACUGGAAUGUCAAGCGAGGAGGAUUUGUCGGUUGAGACAGACUUCGCUGCGGAUUAUCAAACACACAAGUUCCUGGACCUAAGCAAGCCUCUGUUCCCUCAGCUGUGGUAUGGCGGCUUCUCGAAGGAGUUCUACCUAAAGCAAGUCCACCGUCCUCGCCAUUACAAAGGGGGACAAUCCGCCCCGCUCUUUGGGAACUUUCUCGAGCCCCUGAGCAAGACUCCGUGGUACAUAGUACCGAUGCUUUGGCUUCCGCCUGUCACGUAUGCUACGUAUAUGGCUGCUGCAGGCUUGAACAAUAUUAUAGCGGCGGCUGCUUACUGGAUUUUCGGUCUUUGUUUCUGGACCUUGGUUGAAUAUGGCAUGCAUAGAUUUCUCUUCCACGUCGACAGACAAUCGGGUCGGGAUUUCGCUGCACUUCCUGCUGCACGGCAUUCACCAUUAUCUGCCGAUGGACAGAUAUCGCCUGGUCAUGCCACCUGCACUGUUCGUGAUCCUUGCUGCUCCAUUCUACAAACUCGCUCAUCUCGUGUUCUUCUACAAUUGGUACGCGGCUGUCCUGGUAUAUUGUGGGGGUAUCUUUGGUUACGUCUGCUACGACAUGACCCAUUACUUCCUCCACCAUCGCAACUCAAGAAGUACCACCUUCAGCACCAUUUCGCCGACUUUGAAAAUGGCUUCGGUGUGACGAGUCGUUUCUGGGACCGCGUUUUUGGAACCGAACUCGAGCUACCUCCUCCUCAGCAUGUCAAGUCUGAGUAG